GGCAGAGUCAGCCGGCGCCUCGCGAGCACGGCGGGCACCCGGGACGCUUCAUGCCUGCCUGCCCCGGGCUGCCUCCCGCAGGUGCUGGCGCGUCCCCGGCCGCCCCCUGAGGCGCCCGCCAUGGGCUGCAGCCUGUGCAGCCUGCGGAAGCCGGAGGAGCAGUACCGGCUGCUGUACGAAGUUUGCCAGGUGAACGGCAAGGACCUGUCCAGAGCCACUCAUGACCAGGCUGUAGAGGCCUUCAAGACGGCCCAGGAGCCGAUCGUGGUGCAGGUGCUGAGGAGAACCCCCCGCACCAGGAUGUUCCCGCCCGCAGAGCACCAGCUGGUGGACGCGGGCACGCAGACAGACAUCACUUUCCAGCACAGCCUGGCCUUCUGCAAGGUGCCCGGCCUGGACCCCUACCUCCUGCCAGACGAGCACCCCUCGGCGCAUGAGUACUAUGACCCUAGCGACUACCUCGGGGGCCUCCAGCAGGAGCUGGACAGGGAGGAGCUGGAGCUGGAGGAGGUGGACCUGUACCGAGCCAGCAGCCAGGACAAGCUGGGCCUCACCGUGUGCUACCGGACGGAUGAGGAAGAUGACCUGGGGAUCUACAUCAGCGAGAUCGACCCCAACAGCAUUGCCGCCAAGGACGGGCGCAUCCGAGAAGGAGACCGGAUCAUCCAGAUUAACGGGAUUGAGGUACAAAAUCGUGAAGAGGCUGUGGCUCUCCUCACCAGUGAGGAGAACAAGAACUUCUCCCUGCUGAUCGCCAGACCUGAGCUGCAGCUGGACGAGGGCUGGCUGGACGAGGACAGGAACGACUUCCUGGAUGACCUGCACCUGGACAUGCUAGAGGAGCAGCACCAGCAGGCCAUGCAGUUCACGGCCAGCCUGUUCCAGCAGAAGAAGCACGAGGAAGACGGGGGCACCACCGACACGGCCACCAUCCUCUCCACCCAGCACGAGAAGGACAGCGGCGUGGGGCGCACAGACGAGAGCACGCGCAACGACGAGAGCUCGGAACCCGAGAACCACGGGGACGAGGCGCCCUCCGCCUCCAAGCUGACGUGCAGCCAGGACACGCUGGGCAGCGGCGACCUGCCCCUGAGCACCGAGUCCUUCGCCUCGGCCGACGGCGCGGAGCCGGACGAGCUGGGCAUCCCCGCGGCCGAGUGCGAGCACUUCCGCCAGCUGCUGGAGCUCAAGUGCGGCCGGCUGCGGCCCGGCAGCCCGGCCGGGGGCCCCGCGGACGCGGACGCGGGCCGGAGCGAGCCCGAGAGCGUGGACCGCGAGCUGGAGCUGCUCAACGCCGAGCUGCGCAGCAUCGAGCUGGAGUGCCUGAGCAUCGUGCGCGCGCACCGGGCGCUGCAGCGCGAGCCGCUGGCCGACAUCUCCGAGCUGCCCGAGAAGGCCGACAAGGACGGCUCGAGCGCCUACCACACGGGCGACAGCUGCCGCGGCAGCCCGGCCGCGCCCGACGCCGCCCCCGAGGACCCCGUGCCAGCCCCCGCGCGCGCGCGCAGCCCCACGCCGCGCUCGCCCUACCGGCACGCGCACAUCCCGGCCCACGCGCAGCACUACCAGAGCUACAUGCAGCUGGUGCAGCAGAAGUCGGCCGUGGAGUACGCACACAGCCAGCUGAGCCUGGCCGCGGGGCCCGCCGAGCCGCGCCUCGAGUGGAAGGUGAAGGUGCGCAGCGACGGCUCGCGCUACAUCACCAAGCGGCCUGUGCGCGACCGGCUGCUGCGCGAGCGCGCGCUGCGCAUCCGCGAGGAGCGCAGCGGCCUGACCACGGACGACGACGCGGCCAGCGAGCUCAAGCUGGGCCGCUACUGGAGCAAGGAGGAGCGCAAGCAGCACGUGGCGCGCGCGCGCGAGCAGCGGCGCCGGCGCGAGCUGCUGCAGCAGAGCCGCCUGCACUGCCCGCGCGAGCAGGACGAGCGCCGCGAGAGCAGCAUCCUGGAGCUGAGCCACAAGAAGAUGAUGAAGCGGAGGAACAAGAGGAUCUUCGACAACUGGAUGACCAUCCAGGAGCUGCUGACGCACGGCACCAGGUCCCCUGACGGCUCCCGCGUGCACGGCGCCUUCCUGUCGGUGACCACCGUGUGACCGCGCCGCGCGUGCGGCGCGCGCCGGGUGGGUGGCCGGCGCGCGGACAGGAGACGGCUGCGCCCUGGCGUUGGGAGCGGCCGCGGCCGUGGGCGGGCACGCACGGGUGCACGCGUGCCUCCGUGUUCGAGCAUGCGUCUGUGUGCGAGUGCCGGGCCUGGCCGGGUGGCGGCCACGCGGCCCUUUUCAAAUAGCAAUUGUACUUUUUUACUUGUUCCUUUUUACAUAAAGUGUUUAAAUUUCAACAAGAUCUUUUAUUAAGCAUAAUUCCACAGAAUAGUUGGUUUAAAGUAUAUUCAUAUAAAAAAAACUUAAACACGCUUUUUUUUUUUGCCGAAACUCAAAUAUAACUGCCAGUAUGUAUUUUUAAUGGAACCUAUUUUAUAAUGUUACUUGGCUUGAUGUGUUUUUAUGAGUGACCAUUAAUAUUUUAGGUCAGCGCUUCCAACCCCAAACCACCAAGCAAGUGUAGCUCACCGUGUGAUACACAUAAGCAAACCAGCAGUGUUUAGAGUUGGAAUGCAUACAACAUAUUUUCCCACUUAAAAUUCCUGAAGGAAAGGGUAGAGGUUUUGACAGAAAGCAGAAUUUGGUGCAGCUUUGUGGAUGUGUCACGCAUGUUUACAAAUCCUGCCUCUCCAGGGGAGAGUCUGCAUGCCCAGGUACAGCUGCUGAUGGAGACGGUUGGGGGAUGUAAAGACUGAGCAUAGUGAACUUGUUUGUAGAUUGGAGGGUUAGAUUCACCGGGAAGUUCACAACAUCAUGAUUGCUUAGAAACAUUAAGUAAAAUGGCAUUAAAAUAAAUUAUUAUUAUUUUCUAUUUGAUAUGUUUUAAAGUGACUCCUCAUUUUGCAGUGGUGCCUAUAAAAUAAAAGCCUUUUGCAGUGUUGA